UCUUCUCCGCCUUCUUGAGCUUCUAUUUUGGAAAACUUGCGACAUGAUGUUUUUGGGGCGGCAUUUCCUGUUUCCUGGUUUCAACUCGCGAAUCGAAACAUAGAACGAGGAAAUCAUGUUUUUCUUUAUCGAACCCAAUAGCUUCUCGGAAUGACAUGGAUGUUCGGACUCUCCUGUGUUGGGCUUCCCCUGUAAGGCCAAUCUAAGGCAAGAAAUCGAUGAAGUUCACAGAUCUGCUCCGAAGAAGCGACCCCAGCGGCCGGUCUUUCGAGACCAUCAUGUCCAGUAUGGAUUCUAGGCCUAUCAGUCUUGCUACUACUCCCGGAGUUAUGGCAUUAUUGGCCUGAUGAUGAUCAGAACUUACAGAGGAUUCUUGACGGCGGUGGAAGAAGGCCUUGGCGUCCGGGUCAGGGAGUUGAUCAGAAUGAUGGGUUGGGAGACUCCUGCUGCAUAGAAUCCACUUUAGGAUGCCGAAGAAGCACUUGCCGAAAGUUGCCCUCUUCGUAUAACAAGCGUGAAAGCAAGAAUUAAAUCCCCAAUCGCCUUCAAACUGUGGUGUUUAUCCGACUUCUAGAGCUCUCCGAUACAGAUAAAUUGAAAGAUGGCCGACGCUUCGCCGUCAACGCAGCCGCAAGACGGCGGUACAAGCAUAAUAGAUCUCGAUGUCGACGCUUUGGUUAACUGCACUUUCCGACUCAGUAUGGAUUUCAUUCUUCAGGCAAAAACUAUUCAAAAAUCUCACACUAUUGGGAUGGACUUAGAUAACACUCUAACAAAUCAGCCCCAAAAUUCAGCCACUAAAAUUCAGCCACGUGUACACGAAAACAGAAUAGGCCAAGAGCAGACCACGUUCCCCCUCGGAUCUUCCUUUAAAACUCGACCUUUUGCUGCGCCUUCCACACCUCCUUUUCUGUUGUCGAACUCCCUCCCCUUCUACUAUUCCUUCUAGAAAGACCCAAAAACAAAAAAAAAAAACAAAAAACAAAAACAAAAAAGGUAAGAA